CCUACUGAUCUCUGUUAUGGUGGCUUGGCGGGAACCGAGGGGAACUCAGCGCAAACGGCGCCGUUGAAGACGGUGUCUCAACCCAGCUCCAGUUACGUCGCCCCCGGCGAUGGAUUCCAGCAGCAGCUGUUUCCGCUGGGGUUGAGCUUAGAUAACGGCCGAGAGGACGUUGAUGGCGGAGGUUUUACAGGGAGGAGUGAGAGAGACCCUACAAACAUGGCAAGCUUGUUUCCGGCGUUUGAACAUUUACAGCCUCAUUCAGUCCGCCACACUGCUCCUCACUUUCAGCAGCCUUUGCAUGGCCGACCAGCUUCCAGUACAACUGUAACCAUUUCACACCCACCUGCGAUCUGUCCAAGGGUGCAAGCUCGACGGGGACAAGCCACAGCUCCCCAUAGUAUAGCUGAACGGUUGCGUAGAGAAAGGAUAGCAGAGAGAAUAAAGGCUUUGCAAGAACUUGGUCCCUGCUGCAACAAGACAGAUAGGGCUGCCAUGCUUGAUGAAAUUCUGGAUUAUGUGAAGUUCUUAAGGCUCCAAGUCAAGGUUUUAAGCAUGAGUAGGCUAGGUGGAGCAGGAGCAGUGGCACAACUUGUGGCCGACAUCCCACUGCCAUCAGUUGAGGGAGACACCAGUGAAGGUGGAUGCAAUUGGAACUGGGAUAAGUGGUCGAAUGAUGAGACAGAACGAGAAGUUGCUAAGCUUAUGGAAGAAGAUGUUGGAGCUGCCAUGCAAUUCCUCCAAUCCAAAGCACUUUGCAUUAUGCCCAUUUCACCUGCCAAGCUAAUCUAUCCUACUCACCAACCAGAUGCCCCCGCUCUUGUCAAACCUGAACCAAACACCCUGUCAUGAACCUCAAACUCCCAAUGGCCUCAAAAUGUCUCUCACCUUCAUAUCCCUAUCUAUCGUCGCCCAUUUAUAUAUAUAUAUAUGUGUGUGUGUGUGUGUGUGUGUGUGUGUGUGUGUGUGUGUGUGUAUGUAUUGUGUAUGUAUGUAUAUCCUUGGCAUUAUGUGGCAGUGCAAUCAAAGUCAGAUGCCACAAUUUUGCUUUUGCCCUCUCCUUCUCCUAAUUUGUGUCAAAUAAGGUGUGAUUUCAAAACUUGAAGACAACAAAGAAAUGAAUGGCACUUCAUUUCAUUGUUUGUUGCCACGGUAAAGCGGAGGAAGAGAUUUUACCAUAUGUGCCUACCUCAUUUUGCUGUGGAAUUGUGGGGCCCCCUCCCUUUGCACAGUGGGGGUAUUGUGAAAGAGAUGAAUGAUGGUAAAUAUGAUGUACUUUAAGUCUUUAAUAGAAUAAUUGAGAUUAUGGAUAAUGCAUUUUAAGAGUUUAGUUGAUAUGCAUGGUGGUAGGUCUUUUUCAAGAAGCACCUUUGUUUUUUUAAUUUGGCUAGUGAGAUGUGUUCCCUAAAAGUAACUUGAGCUUUUCCCAAAUCUCUAAAAAACAAUAAUGAAUUAUUUGGGCGGUUCAUCCGUGUCAUGAUGAGUAAUGUUAUCAAGAAAGUCCUCUUAUGACUAUAUUUAUGAACUCUCUUUAUUGACCAACGAUUGAGAGAUUCAGUGAAAUAUUGAUGUGAUUUUAUACACGUCAAAAAUUGUUUCAAUCUAGUAGUUAAUAGAUAGAGAGCUCAUGUCUCUUGUAAUAAGGGGGCUCUUUUGAUAGUUAUACUAUAUUCGUUUUAAAGCAUUGAAGGAAAGGAGAUGAGUAUGUUCUUAAGUAGUGACUAUGCUUUUCCUUUCAAAAGAGGUUAUAUAUUGUUCAUGUUUCUUAGGGAAAGUGAAUUAUGGUUUUGAAACAUCCAUUUUCUUCCUUUUCUAUUCACUCCAUUUUCAAAACAAAGUGAGAAUUGUAUUGUCAUUUUUUUCCUUUUCUAUUUAAUUGUCAAGAAAGUUGGCUGGGGAACUUUCACCUGUAAGUGGCUCGGGUCUGCCCAUUUGUUUUCCUUCCUCGCCUACCAUAGGCUUGAAGAUAUCCAGAGCAAGUAGGGCAAGUGUAGUUACAGUUCGUGGAGAUGAGAAUGAUGUUGAGGAGCUUGAAAUGUUACUUGAGGCUUACUUUAUGCAAAUUGAUGGAACCUUGAACAAAUUAACUACGAUACGUGAAUAUAUUGAUGAUACAGAGGAUUAUAUUUAAACAUUCAGCUUGACAAUCAUCGUAAUCAACUGAUUCAGUUAAUUGGAGCUUUUUCUUAGUUCAGGAACUGUCAGUUUGUCCAUCUAUUCUUUGGCGGCAACAUACCAUAUAAUUGGAAUGACAAUCAUGGAUACAUGUUUAAAUGGGUGGUCAUCUUCUCAGGGAUAACCUGUGCCAUCAUCCUUUUUCAUACUUAUGCUCGCUACAAGGGUCUUGUUGGAUCUUAAAAUUCAUGAUGAAGUAGGUAGGUCCUGUCAGGAGAACGAGAUUGAACUCUGGCACAAUUUUUUAUUUUUAUAAACAAAUUGAGGUUGCUGAGUUUCUUAUUUUUAUAAACAAAUUGAGUUCAGUGGUUGCUGGUGAUGAAUAGGGAUUUCAGAAUGGAGAGACAAAAAACAACUAUUGAUCAAGAUCCAAAGACUAGCAAUUUUUAAAACCUUAUGCACCCAUUUUGGGUAGCAACAGAACUAAUUGUAAAAUUAUACAGGAGGAAGGAAUUUUUUUUUUUUUUUUUUCCCCUUGCUCUCGAUGCUUAUUUAUACAUUAUUAUUAUACUUGUAA